AUGAAAGACUCCGACGGUGCGGAUUGCCAGGAUAGCAGGAAACCCAAUGAAAGCACGGAUACUUCACGAGAGACAAGGUUGCUGAAUGCGAUCCGGCAGCCUCUAACAGAAGCUUUAGAUCUGGUUCGUGGGAAAUUGCAGCGCCAUGCUGUGACAGCAGAGGGUGCUGCUGCUGAGAAUGGAUUCAGGAGGGUCAAGCUUCUGGUCCGGCUUGGCAAGCUGCUGUUCUCGGCCCAUGGAAACAGAAAUCGCCUGACCAAGGUUCCGCCCUUCUCUGCGCAACGUCUAGAAGACUACAUGAGUGGGAGCGAGCAGCAGUUGAAGCUGCCGAUUCACAGGGUGUUUGAGACGCACGUCCCUGACAGCGUGUACGGCGCUUUGGAGGAGAUGGUCUUUGGAGAUUCGGGUCUGGCUUGCAGAAGCAGUGAGAAAUACGACAUUCAGGUGCUUGAUACCUGGUUGCGAGUUAUCUACAGGGCAAGCUGUAUAUAUGUCGCUGAAGAAAAACGCUUUCUCAUUAAAAAUGUGAAGAAGUUUCCAGUUCGCUAUGGAGUCUUUGAAAUAGCACGCCCAGGCAAGGCUGUGGAUGUCCGUUUGAUCCUGACAGUUGAGACACAUCUGCCAACUCUAGAUGAGGCGCUAGGAGCUGCGUUUAACAAGGUCCUGACAGCAGCACAGAUUGACCCACAGAGCCCAGGAGGGGUGAGCGUUCCAUUGUUCAUGAUCGAAGGACAGAAGGGCUUUGACGUUUCUGGCAUGGAAUGUGACUCUAGCAGCACAACUUCGGAUGUCAGCAGCGGAUUCUCGCCCAAUAGCAGCUUGAAUUCCAGUGGCGGGAGCAGCAGCAGUGAAGAGAGCGGCAGAUUCCAAGUGAGGGCGGUCAGGCAUUUGACUGUGAGAAAAGUGCUGGCAGAGGGGAGGCUGUGGAAGUUUUCCCGUGUGGAUGGGAUCGAGUACAAGCAGGGAGGCGGGCGGAAGACGAACAUAGUGGAGGUGUGCCCUGCAGUGUGGAGGCAGCAGCUCAAGUUGGCAACCUGA